CACAACCCCUUGUACUCUCACCUCUAUUUAAAUCAUCCCGUCGAACAUUCCUUCAUUCCAAACCGUUUUCAUUCUCUCAUAGCUUUCCUACUCAAAGCUCUCCAUUUUCUCUUCCUAGUGCUAUUUCAGUUUUCCUCUAGUAAUUCCAUGGCCGCUGUUGAGGUUCAAUCGGCACAGACAGCUUUCGCUGCGGAGAACACAACUCACCAUCAUGAGGAAACAGUUAAAGAUCAAGAGACUAUCACUGCUGCUACUACUGAAGAUGUAGUUACAGUAUCAGAACCAGCUGAAGUAGUACCGGAGCCUGUGAAGGCGGAGACGGAGACAGCUAUUGAGGUAGCUUCCGACGAGCCAGCUGCAGUUUCUGAAGCUGAAACUCCAGUUGAAGUUGAGACAAAGGAGGUGGCUCCGGAGGAAGUUGAGAAGACUUCUGAAGACGAAACUGCUCUUGAUGAGGCUGAUAAGGUAGAGCCGGCGCCAGCAGAGUCGGAUGUAGCUGCGGAGGAGACUAAAAAGAAUAGUACUGGUGAUGAUGUUGAGAUUAUUCCUCCGGUGGCGCCAGCACCGGAAGCAGAACCGGAAUCCGCAGCUGAUGAGGAGCCCAAGGAAGAGAUCGCAGUAGUCAAGGAAGAAGCAAAGCCUGCAACUAUUGAGGAAGAUAAGCCAAUUGCUCCGGAGGAGAAAGUUGAUACUGAAGUCCCAGUAGAGAAAGCUGAGUAACGAUGAUGAAGCUCGCGAUGUGAUGAUUCACAGUGGUGUUGUGUACGUUUAUUACUGUCCAGGAGAAUGAAGCAGUCCAAGAGUACUUAAUAAAAGGUAACUAGGUUAAAAGGAUGGGGAACCUACCUGUGUAUGCUUAGCUUUGCGAACAUGCAUGUUUGCGGUUUGGUUUCAAGUUAUAAUGAAUGUAUGUUAAAUGUGUUUCAUAGAAGACUAUCAUGUAAUGUUGCAUCUGAGUAAUCAAUAAGAGAUCGAUCGUUGUGUCA